GAAAUCAGUUGGUGCGUAGCCCUAUUGGAUUUCCUCGUGCUUGCAGUAACAGAUUCGUCGAGUAGCUAGAAAGACUUCCCUUUUGUCGACUUAGUAACGGCUAACCCAAAAAGUUCCACUUCCUCUGAAUUUUAAUAUUGAUGAAGUAAUCUUCCCAUUCGCUUCCCACCACCGAAUGCACGUUUGUACACUUCCUACUCCUGCUCCCGCGUAAACAUCUCCGCUUCCCGAAUCCCCUCCUUCCUCGCCCACCCUCUUGCGAAACGGCUAAUUCUUAAAAAAUGACGAUUCUGCCCUCAACGGACCGGAAGUACCGCCGAAGUCCUCGGGCGCCUCUUCUCCUCCCCGAGAAACAUGACGACCGCGAGGUGGAAUUCGGCGGCGCGUCCUACUCAGGCGCCGUUUUCAAUCUCUCCUCGACGAUCGUGGGGGCGGGGAUCAUGGCUCUCCCGGCAGCCGUGAAGCAACUGGGGCUGGUGCCGGGUCUCAUCAUGAUCGCCCUGGUCGCAGUCUUGACGGAGUCGUCCACCGACAUGAUUCUGAGGUUCAGUCGGGCCUCCAAGUCCGCCUCGUACUCGGGUGUGGUUGGUGACGCCUUCGGUGGCGCCGGGCGGACCCUCUUGCAGGUCUGCAUUGUGGUCAACAACUUGGGCAUACUCGUUGUUUACAUGAUCAUCAUCGGUGAUGUGUUAUCAGGGACAUGGUCAGAUGGGAUGCGGCAUUCAGGUGUGGUGGAAGAAUGGUUUGGUCAGCAUUGGUGGACCACACGCUCCUCCUUACUGCUUCUAACUACACUCUUUGUUUUUGCUCCUCUCGUUUCAUUCAAGCGCGUUGAUUCCUUGAGAUACACUUCAGCAUUGUCAGUGGGUUUGGCGAUUGUAUUUGUGGCAAUCACGGCAGGAGUAGCAACCGUUAAAAUGAUGGAGGGGAGCAUUAGAAUGCCUCGUUUGAUGCCUGAACUUGUUAAUCAGGCAUCAUUUUGGAAGCUUUUCACAACUAUUCCAGUUCUAGUCACUGCCUAUAUCUGUCACCAUAAUAUUCAUCCUAUAGAGAAUGAACUAAAAGAUUCCUCUCAAAUGAAGUCAAUAGUCCGAAUGUCGCUCACGCUAUGCUCAUCUGUUUACAUUGCGACCAGCUUCUUUGGAUUUAUUCUUUUUGGGGAUCAAACACUAGAUGAUGUACUUGCUAAUUUUGAUGGCGAUCUUGGAAUUCCAUACAGCUCAGUACUUGAUGAUGUGGUUAGGGUGAGCUAUGGCAUCCACCUGAUGCUUGUUUUUCCGAUUGUGUUUUUCUCACUUCGCCUCAACCUAGAUGGUCUUCUUUUUCCCUAUGCCAUUCCCAUUGCGUUUGACAACCAGAGAUUCUUCUCAGUAACUUCAGUUCUCAUGGGGUUUAUCUUUGUGGGAGCCAACUUUGUGCCUAGUAUUUGGGAUGCGUUUCAGUUCACUGGUGCCACAGCUGCCAUCGCUGUUGGAUUCAUCUUUCCAUCUGCAAUCGCACUUAGGGACACUCAUGGAAUUGCAACAAAGAACGACAGACUAGUAUCAUGGGUGAUGAUAUUGUUAGCUGUCUCAUCGAGCACAGUGGCCAUCUGCAGUGACAUUUACAGCAUUUUCAGUAGUGAGAAAAUAGUUGGAAGCUAACCUAACAAAAAGAGUCGGACAACUUUGCAGUCCUUGUUCAAAUUCCUACCCUGAAAUGGGGGCCUCCUGAUUUAUCAAAAAAGAAGCCCUAAACCGUACGAAGAGCAAUGCUUAUGCUGCAGUUCCGCAUCUGAUUGCUGGCAGCACCCAUUUUAGCGCCCAUGAUAUUUACGUUUCAUGGUUGCCAUACUUCAUAGUUUUUUUAUGUUUUGUUCAGAGUUAGAAAGACGUCCAUAUCUGCAUAUGGCUGAAGUUGUUAUUGUAGAUUGUGGACAUUAUUGAUAUCUUCAACAAGGAAGUGGCGAUGGUGACAAUGAAGUAAUCAGUAAUGUUUCACAUGGAUGAUGUGGAUAUCACAUAUCACAGCCAUAAUUAAUUUCAA